AUGUUGGCCCGUUCCAUCAUUGCCUCCAUUCUCUUUGCCAGCAGUGGCUUUGGUCAAAUGUCCAUGUCUUCGGGCGCAGUGGACCCUUCGAUGACGAUGGCCUCGACCAUGGAUCCCUCGAUGACGAUGGCCUCGACCAUGGACCCUUCAAUGACGAUGGAUACCAUAACUGGUUCCAUGAUGAGCUCGGCCACAUCUAGCAUUGCGAGCGGCGCUACGCCAUCGACGAAUACCGCAUCUGGUAACGCCAAUCUCGCGGAAUAUUUCGCUAUCACUUGCUGGAUUCCCUUGGUUGCUGUUGGGCUAUCAAGCAUGGGCUUGUUCUAA